GAGAAAUGCCCUCGCACUCAUGUCACGUGCCUGCCAAGCAAAGCGCCCAUGCCCAGCCAGACGUCAGCCUUUCAGCCUACCUGGUCCAGCCUCACAUCCCAAGGUUAGAUCCAGAUUCCAAAGCAGUAUCCAUUCAAAGCCCGACAAAACGAAGAAAACGUUCCAUUUCGGGUCCCUAUCCAGUGUACAUCCAGCAACAAAGACAAUACACGAGAAAAAAGCACUCCCAAACCAGACCACCCUCCGUCCGAACCCCAAACCCCAUCAUCCACUCCGGGGGCAACACAACCCAAAAGAGAAAAGCAACCCAAUCGAACCCGAACCCGCCAACCCACCCACAUCCACCAUGGCCGAACGCCAGCUCUCCCAGAUCCUCGCCCAGCUUAAGGCCCAGCCCGCAACGCCCAGCUACCCCGAAGCCCUAACCCUCCUCUCGAAAGCCAAGCUCCUCCUCCUCCAACUCAACGCCCUCACACCCUCCCCCACCGUCUCCCCGGCCCUCCAGACCCUGGCCCGCUCCCUCUACGAGCAAGGCGCGCUCUACUCGAUCCGCGCGCUCAAACCCGACGCCUUCCUCCGCUACGUGGCGCAGCUGGGGCCCUUCUACGAGUCCCUCCCGUCCGACGGCGGCGACGAUGACGACCAGCGCAACCGCGUCACCGGCCUGUACCUCCUACUCCUCAUGACCCAGGGCCGCUACGCCGAGUUCCACUCGGAGCUCGAGGCCCUCGCCGCCCGCGGCGGCGACGGCGCCGUCGACGUCGAGAACGACCGCUUCCUCGGGUACCCCAUCCGCCUCGAGCGGUGGCUGAUGGAGGGCAGUUACGACCGCGUGUGGAAGGCCAUGAAGAAGGGGGAGGUGCCGUGCGAGGAGUACAGCGUCUUCAGCGAGAUCCUCACCUCCCAAAUGCGCUCCGAGAUAGCCAGCAGCAGCGAGCGCGCAUACCCCUCCCUCCCGCUGUCCUCGACCAAGUCGCUCCUCUUCCUCGACUCCGAGGGCGCCGUCGUCCAGUUCGCCCGCGAGCGCGGCUGGACCGUCCGGGACGGCCAGAUUAUCUUCCCCGCCGCCGGCGGCGCCGCGGGUGAGGCCGGGGCUGACGACGAGGGCCUCCAGCAGCAGAGGGACAUGAGCCAGGUCAUCAUCGAGAACGCCCUGGGAUACGCGCGGGAGCUGGAGACGAUUGUGUAGGCGGCUUUGGAAAGGGGGGAGAUUCUACUCGGCGGCGGCGGACAGCGAAGGGCUUGAGGCUUGAGGCAUCAGGCUGCAUCCCUGUUGAGGCAGGGUAUGGCGGUUGAAGCUGUACACUAAUACUAGACCAUAGAUAUCUAUCGGAGAAUGGGAAUCAGGUGUCUGACCCCGUCAAGCUAGCUGGGAUGCUGCCAUGCUAUCAGGCUUUUACUCUUGCACAAGCACUAGCCGACAUGGUCCGGUAACUCCCAUGGCAUCAAACUCGAGACAGACAAAAAACAUCCGUAUGGGAUAAGCUGAUCUAGG